AAAGAAACAGCCUAAGCUGAAGAAGAAGCAGAAAGGAAAGAAAGAAACAAAACAGAGCAAAACAAAAAUGGGAGAAGAAAAGGAAGAAGAGAAGGCGAAGCUGGCACUUGUGUUAGCUGCAAAGUCAAGAUCAUUGUUGUACACGUCAUCACCUGCAAGUCCACGUGUGUUUGCUUCUCCGAUUCACACUCUAGCUUCUGUUCCUUUUUGCUGGGAAGAGCAACCAGGCAAGCCCAAGAAUCCUCUUCGUCCUCUCUCUUACCCAAAAUGUCUUGAUUUGCCACCUCGUUUGCUCCUUCCUGGUGAAUUUGCUCAAAUGCCCUUGCCUGAGAGGAAACAUGGGCUCUUUGGGUUCUUGAGGAGGAAAGGGAGAAGGGAUUUUGUUGUCAGGGGUAGUUAUGUCUUUCUGUCGGAGAACGAGAGAGCAGGUGAGAUCAGCAACAAUAUGAAGAUCACUAGGUUUGACAGAUCAGGGAGUUUCCAUGGUGGUGGACCUGUAAAAGGAUCUCACUUUUGGGGAAGUUUAUGUAAAGGAUUGAAGCAAGCAAUGCCAUGGAAGAACAAGAAGCUGAGAAGUGAAUAGGUUUAAACCUGUUUUCAAUUGCAUUGCUUAAACAAAACACUAAUCAUCUUCUAUCUACCUAUUGAAGAUCAAGUUGAUGUAAGAGUUACUAAGAGUGUAUGUAAGACUAGCAAUUCUAUUAUAUUGUAAAAUUAAUAUAUUUGUGAUGUAUGCUAUACUAUAC